AUGUCUCAAUCAAGAGAAUCUGCAACACUUCAUGAUGCAGAACGAGAACAAUUCUUAAUUUCAAAAUCUUCCUCAAGAGUUGCUUUAACCGUUAAUGAUUCUGAAGUAGUUGAUGAGAAUGAUGACUUAUUUUACGAAAGUGAACGAAGACAGGGCUUAGAUUCUGUAAUUACGGAAAUCGGAUUUGGAAAAUUUCAAAAGCAACUAUUG